AUGCCCUCGCUGACUGCGGGCUACGCGCCCGACCUCGAAAAGUACCUCAAGUCUCUCAAAGGCCAGCCAUUGGCGGCGUCAACCGAGAACCUCAUAUCACUCCUGAAGCGAAGACAGAUCCGGGGCUCCGAGCCCUGCGCCGUCGCAACCGCCCAUAUACUCCUUCAGGUCGUCGCCAGGUCCAAGUGGCAAGACGUCGACGGCCUCCUCGAAAAUGUCAGCGCCACGGGCCGUCGCCUGGUCGAGGCCCAGCCCAAGGAGCUCGUCGUCGCCAACAUUGUCCGGCGCGUGCUUGCCCUGGUCCGCGACGAGGCCGCCGAGGACCGCAACGAGCCGUCGAGCGAGACCCAGAGCGAGGCCCUCAUGACCCCGACCGACCCUGCCCUGUCACACAACUGGCCGCUCACGACGUACGCGAAGCAAGACUCGGCCGGCGACUACAUCUCCAACAGCGCGGCGCCUCAGCCGCCGUCACGGCCGGGGCCCAUCUCGUCGUACAGCUCCGUCAACGUUCCCAAGUCGCUGUUCCACCUGCUAUCGGCGUCGCCCACGGAAGGCUUCACCUCCAUGAGCCCGCCUUUCCGAAACUCGGGCACGUCGACGCCCACCAGCAAGGGCGCCCACGCCAACAGCCAGGUCCACGCCCUGCGGUCAGAGGUGAUUGACGGCAUCGAGGAAAUCAAGGACGAGAUCAGCCAAGUGGACGACCAGAUUGCGGCCUUGGCCGAGGUGCAGAUUCACCCCGGGGAUCACGUCCUCGUGCACCAGCCCUCGCCCACGGUGGAGCGCUUCAUCCUCCGCGCGGCGCUCAAGCGCAGGUUUACGGUGCUGGUCGCAACCGAGGCGCCGCGAAGAGGAGUCGAGGACGACGCGCAAGUCGCAGCGUUCCGGAAGAAGCUGUCGGCAGCGGGCAUCACGGCAAUCUGCGUCAGGAGCACGGCCCUGAUGGCAUACAUGUCACGCGUGGAUAAGGUGAUUCUGGGCGCCAGGGCAGUCGUGGCCAACGGCGGCGUGGUGGCGGACUCUGGGGCGGCGGCCAUUGCGCGGGCGGCGCAGGAGAUGGGCAGCGGCGUGGUGGUGCUGACGGGCGUGUACAAGCUCAGCCCGGAGAACGCGUUUGAUGAGGCGUCCCUGAUUGAGUGGGGAGACUCGUCGACGUUUGUGAGCUUUGCCGACGGGCCGCUGGUGAGUGGGGUUGAGGUCCGGAGCGCGGUGACGGAGCUGGUGCCGCCGGAGCUCAUUGACACUUAUAUCACCAACCUGGGAACUCAUUCGCGCGAUCACUUGGCGAGCUUGAUUGCGGACCACUACAAGCAGGAAGAUGCCGACUUUCACCUCUGGAGCACGGCCGACCAAUGA